AAUAAUCUGGUGAGUCACUCACACAGGGCCGAAAAUAUCUAGCAUUAUCCUCCUCAUUCUCCAGCGGGAGAAGGAAUCCAUAUAAAUAACAAGAGAAACUGAGGUACUGCUAGUUGACAAGGACUGGGAGGACAAACUCCAACCACCAAAACGGCACCUUGUUCUUUCUGCUCUGUUUCAGAGGGGAAUUAUUUGCAUUGAAUCGGCAAUUUCUUCAGAGUGAUGGCCCUCAUGAAAUCUGGUUGGCUGUGGAGACAGACCACAGUCCUCAAACGCUGGAAAUUGAACUGGUGUGAUAUUUGGAUUGAUGGGAGUUUUGUCUUCUACAAGAGCGACAGCAGAAGAGACUUCAUGCAACGCGUCAGCCUCAAGACCACAUGUGUAGACGUCAGAUCUGGCUUUGAGUGUGCAGGUGUGAAUCCCCCUGAGAGCCACCCCAGAGAGAACCUCCUGGUGGUCCUGCUGGCUGACGGCUCCAGCGUCAACCUUUGUGCCAACAGUGAAGACGAAGCCAUAGCCUGGAAACUCACCAUAGUCGAUACCAAAAGGAACCCGCUGUUCACCUACGACCCUUAUGAUGACUCUUAUCAGGCGGUUCCAGUCAACAGCCACCACACCAUCUACAUCACACCUGGAGCAGGACCAGGUACGCAUCAGGUGGUGGUUCAGAGGGAUCCGUUCGACGGCGUGGCAGAGCAGCUGGCCCUGGGCCUGCUGGCCGGGAUGGCUGCCGGGGCGGCCAUGCGCUCCUUCCUCUGGAUGCCCUUCUUGUUCUGCUAAGAGGGCUCCCCCUGACCCACAAUGCACCACGCCACAAAAAGCUCUGCCUAAUCCAGUGCAGGACUGGACUCCAAAUCCUUCGAGCACGAACAACUGCUUUGUUGUUCCUUUUGUGUUUUACGUUGGUAUCUUUUUUUAUGUACUUCUCUGAUGAAAUGGCGCCUGUUGAAACCAACGGUCGUAUUUUUCUGAGAAGCUGAAAUUGCUGUGGGUCCACGGUUCGCGGAAUUACAGCAAUUCAAAACGAGACAAGAGGUUCAAACCCCCUUUCUGUAUGUUAUUGCGUGUAUAUAUCUUUGCAAUAUUGUAAAUAUUGUAGACUGUAAAUUAUAUAGAUGUAUUUAACUGCUGUCUUUUUAUGUUCAUGGAACACUUGCACUUUAGAAGCAGUAUAUAUGACAGUAUUGACUAUUGAGAGGGGUAUAUUGGGUAUAUUUGAAUGAGAAUGGCAGUUCAUUGAAAUAAAAAAUAAAUAGA